UCCAUCAACACAUUCAAACAAUAUAUGGACUCCAAGACUCCAACUCACAAAUUCACCUACUCCGCUUCUCUAUUAAUAUUCCCCAUCACCACAAGUUCAAUGCACCUCUGACGAAAAAAGAAAAAAACGACCACUUCAUCGCUCAAGCUCACUAAACUCUAUACUUACUCUCAAAAUCAUGGUGAACCCUCCUCGCUUUCUCAUCGUCUGCUACCAAGAACAAGGUCACCUAAACCCUACCCUUCAAUUAGCAAAGCGCCUCACCUCCAUUGGAGUACAUGUCACCUUUUUAACCUCCCUUUCAGCCUACCUACGCAUGGCCAAAGCUUCUAAUUCCAACCUCAAUACCGUUGAUGGCUUGUCAUUUUCCCACUUCUCUGAUGGCUACGACGACGGUUACAAGCCCGGUGUUGACGGUGAUCACUAUUUCUCGGAGAUAAGACGUUGUGGUUCGCAAGCUCUCUCCGAUCUCAUCAUCUCUGGCGCAAAUGAAGGCCGUCCUUUCAGUUGUGUGGUGUGUAACAUUAUGCUCCCUUGGGCGGCACAAGUGGCAGACGAGUUUAAUAUUCCGUCCGUUCUGCUUUGGAUUCAGGCGGCUACCGUCUUCGAUAUCUACUACUAUUACUUCCAUGGUUAUGGAGAUAUGAUCAGUGAGAUUAUUAGUAGUACUACUACCACUGAUGAUCCUUUAAAUUUACUAGAAUUACCAGGAUUGCCAUUGAAGCUCACUGGUCGUGAUCUUCCUUCCUUCAUAGGCUCUACAAACGCUUACAGUUUUGUCACCACUGUAUUGAAAGAGCUGUUUGAGAAAUUGCUUGUGAAAGAAGGCAAAUCAAUAGUGUUGGUGAACACCUUCGAUGCGAUAGAGCACGAGGCCUUGAAAGCAAUUGAAAAGGUCGAUUUGGUAGGAAUUGGACCGUUGGUUCCAUCUGCUUUCUUGGAUAGAAAAGAUCCAUCAGAUACUUCAUUUGGAGUUGAUCUUUACAAAGGUUCAAGGGAUUAUAAUGAAUGGUUGAACUCCAAGCCUAAAGAAUCUGUAAUUUACAUUUCGUUUGGAAGCUUGAUUGUGCUAUCGAAGUUGCAAAUGGAGGAAAUUGAAAGCGCUUUGUUGGGUUGUGGCCGUCCUUUCUUGUGGGUGAUAACACAGAAACAAAACCCAGAAGAGAAGAAAGAAGAAAAUGGAGGAUUGAGUUGCAAAGAGGAAUUGGAGAAGCUUGGGAAGAUAGUUCCAUGGUGUUCUCAGGUUGAGGUUUUAUCAAAUCCUUCAUUGGGUUGCUUUGUGACUCAUUGUGGAUGGAAUUCGACAUUGGAGAGCUUGGUUUGUGGGGUUCCACUGGUGGCAUUUCCUCAGUGGACAGACCAGGGAACCAACGCAAAGUUGAUAGAGGAUUCAUGGAAAAAUGGUUUGAGAGUUAGGACAAAUAAGGAAGGGAUUGUUGAAAGUCAUGAGAUUAAAAAGUGCUUGGAAUUGGUAAUGGGAGAUGAAGAAAUAAGAAUGAAUACUAAGAAAUGGAAGGAUUUGAGUAUUCAAGCUGCCAUGGAAGGUGGGUCUUCUGAUAAGAAUCUCAAGGCAUUUUUGGAAGAUAUAAUUCAGGACAAAACUACUUCGUAAUUAAUAUAUUAUCCUUUCUGCAUUUCAUUUUUCUGUUCUCGUUACUUAUCAUCGGUAAUAAAAAAUUUCUUUUGAUUAAA